CCAGCAAUCAUUUUCAAUCGGAACGCGAGGCGGUAAACAUGUUUUGAGAAAACGAGCUCUCGCCGAACGAAACGAAGUCUCGAACUAGCUAACUGAGUCGCGCCAAGUGCCAAGUUUGAAACGAGAAAUAUAAGAAAUACCAAUUACAAGUUACCAAUUGAAAGUUACAACAACAAAAAAUUGAAAAUUGAAAAUUGAAAAAUCUAUUUAAAAACCAAAGUGAAAAAUCGCAAAACGCAUAGCCAGCUCACACCAGGAUUACAGGGCAAUCAGGCUGCGGAAAAAGCGAUCGAAAAAUGAAAACCAGAAAGUGACCAAGUUGUGCACCACCACCGCAAUCCACAACCCACACAGCCUAAAUAGCUGUUAUUAAAAUAAAACGUAUAUCAUCUAAAGUUAACUAAGCCAACUAGCAAAUCACCAAAAUGCCAGCCACAUCUUCCAUCGCCAUCAACGCCAUCAUCCUGACCUGCCUGUUGCUUCUGGUGGCCACUGCGCAUGCGCAGCAGCAGUGCAACUGGCAGUACGGCCUCACCACCAUGGACAUCCGGUGCAGUGUUCGUGCCCUGGAGUCCAGCUCCGGAUCCCCACUUGAUCUCCAAGUGGCGGAGGCGGCCGGCCGCCUUGAGCUGCAGUGCAGCCAGGAGCUUUUGCAUGCCAGUGAACUGGCCCCCGGACUUUUCCGGCAGCUGCAGAAGCUCUCGGAGCUGCGUAUCGAUGCCUGCAAACUGCAACGAGUGCCUCCGAAUUCCUUUGAGGGUUUAAUGUCGCUCAAACGACUCUCCCUCGAGUCCCACAAUGCGGUCUGGGGUCCGGGAAAAACCCUGGAACUGCACGGCCAGUCAUUCCAGGGAUUGAAGGAGCUCUCGGAGUUGCAUUUGGGUGAUAACAACAUUCGUCAGUUGCCCGAGGGAGUCUGGUGCACCAUGCCCAGCCUGCAGGUGCUUAAUCUCACCCAGAAUCGGAUACGUUCUGCCGAGUUCCUUGGCUUCUCCGAGAAACUCUGUGCCGGCUCCGCCCUGAGCAAUGCCAAUGGAGCGGUUAGUGGCGGCUCGGAGCUGCAGACUCUGGAUGUGUCGUUCAACGAGCUGCGUUCCCUGCCUGAUGCCUGGGGAGCAUCCCGAUUAAGGCGCCUCCAGACCCUCAGCCUGCAGCACAACAACAUCACCAGUCUGGCUCCCAAUGCCCUGGCCGGUCUGAGUUCGCUGCGAGUGCUGAACAUUUCGUUCAAUCAUCUGGAAUCCCUGCCCUCGGAGGCCUUCGCCGGCAACAAGGAACUGCGGGAACUGCAUCUGCAAGGCAAUGAUCUGUACGAUCUGCCCAAGGGUCUGUUGCAUCGUCUGGAGCAACUGUUGGUCCUGAACUUGAGUGGCAAUCAGCUGACCAGUCACCACGUGGAUAACAGCACCUUCGCCGGCCUAAUCCGCCUGAUUGUGCUGAAUCUGUCUAACAACGCCCUCACCCGCAUCGGAGCCAAGACCUUCAAGGAGCUGUACUUCCUGCAGAUCUUGGACAUGCGCAACAACUCCAUUGGCCAUAUCGAGGAAGGCGCUUUCCUGCCCCUCUACAACCUGCACACCCUCAAUCUCGCCGAGAACCGUCUGCACACACUGGACAACCGCAUCUUCAACGGACUGUAUGUGCUGACCAAACUCACGCUGAACAACAACCUCGUGAGCAUCGUGGAGACCCAGGCCUUCCGCAACUGUUCCGAUCUGAAGGAACUGGAUCUCAGCUCCAAUCAGCUGACUGAAGUACCCGAAGCUGUGCAAGAUCUGAGCAUGUUGAAGACCCUGGAUCUUGGCGAGAACCAGAUCUCGGACUUCAAGAACAACACCUUCCGCAAUCUGAACCAGCUGACUGGUCUGCGCUUGAUCGAUAACCGGAUCGGCAACAUCACCGUGGGCAUGUUCCAGGAUCUUCCCCGAUUGAGUGUGCUCAAUCUGGCCAAGAACCGCAUCCAGAGCAUCGAGCGUGGUGCCUUCGAUAAGAACAGCGAAAUCGAAGCUAUCCGUUUGGACAAGAACUUCCUCACCGACAUCAAUGGAAUCUUCGCUACUCUCGCUUCUUUGCUCUGGCUCAAUCUGUCAGAGAACCACCUCGUCUGGUUCGACUAUGCCUUCAUUCCCUCCAACCUUAAGUGGCUGGAUAUCCAUGGAAACUAUAUCGAGGCUCUGGGCAACUACUACAAACUGCAGGAGGAGAUUCGUGUGACCACUCUGGAUGCUUCGCAUAAUCGCAUCACAGAGAUCGGAGCCAUGUCGGUGCCCAACUCCAUCGAACUGCUGUUCAUCAACAACAACAUUAUUGGACAAAUCCAGGCCAAUACCUUCGUGGACAAGACGCGUUUGGCUCGAGUGGAUCUGUAUGCCAAUGUGCUGUCCAAGAUCUCGCUGAAUGCCCUGCGUGUGGCUCCCGUUUCGUUGGAGAAACCAGUUCCUGAGUUUUACCUUGGCGGCAAUCCCUUCGAGUGCGACUGCUCCAUGGAGUGGCUGCAGCGCAUCAACAACCUCACCACCCGCCAGCAUCCCCAUGUUGUGGAUCUCAGCAACAUUGAGUGCCUGAUGCCACAUAGUCGCAGUGCUCCACUGCGUCCUCUGUCCACCCUGUCCGCCUCCGACUUCGUGUGCAAGUAUGAGAGCCACUGCCCACCAACUUGCCACUGCUGCGAGUACGAGCAGUGCGAAUGCGAGGUGAUCUGCCCCGGAAACUGCAGCUGCUUCCACGACGCCACAUGGGCCACCAACAUUGUGGACUGUGGCCGACAGGAUCUGGCCUCUCUGCCCAACCGCAUCCCUCAGGAUGUCAGCGAUCUGUACUUGGAUGGCAACAACAUGCCCGAGCUGGAGGUUGGCCACUUGAUGGGUCGUCGCAAUCUGCGUGCUCUCUACCUGAACGCCUCCAACCUGAUGACUCUGCAGAAUGGAAGUCUUGCCCAGUUGGUUAAUCUGCGAGUGCUCCAUCUGGAGAACAACAAGCUGACCAACUUGGAGGGAACCGAGUUCCGUUCGCUGGGACUCCUCCGGGAACUGUAUCUGCACAACAACAUGCUGACCCACAUCUCGAAUGCCACUUUCGAGCCGCUGGUCUCCCUUGAGGUUCUGCGUCUGGACAACAACCGUCUGAGCUCCCUGCCCCAUCUGCAGUACCGCCAUAGCCUCCAGGGACUGACUCUGGGCAGGAAUGCCUGGUCAUGCCGCUGCCAGCAGCUCAGGGAACUGGCCCAGUUCGUCUCCGAUAAUGCCAUGGUGGUGCGGGAUGCCCACGAUAUCUACUGCUUGGAUGCCGGAAUCAAGCGUGAGCUGGAACUGAUUGGCAACCUGGCCAAUGGACCCGACUGCUCCGAACUGCUCGAUGCCAGUGCCAGCAAUAUCAGUUCUUCGCAGGAUUUGGCUGGAGGCUACAGACUGCCCCUGUUGGCUGCUGUCCUCGUGCUGAUCUUCCUGGUCGUUGUCCUCAUCAUUGUCUUCGUCUUCCGCGAGAGCGUUCGCAUGUGGCUGUUUGCCCACUAUGGAGUCAGGGUAUGUGAGCCCCGCUUCGAGGAUGCCGGUAAGCUGUACGAUGCCAUCAUCCUGCACUCGGAGAAGGAUUACGAGUUUGUGUGCCGCAACAUUGCCGCCGAGCUAGAGCACGGUCGCCCACCCUUCCGCCUAUGCAUCCAGCAGCGCGAUCUGCCUCCUCAGGCCUCGCACCUCCAGUUGGUGGAGGGAGCCCGUGCGUCCAGGAAGAUCAUCUUGGUGCUGACCCGCAACCUUUUGGCCACCGAAUGGAACCGCAUUGAAUUCCGUAACGCCUUCCAUGAGUCUCUGAGGGGCUUGGCCCAGAAAUUGGUUAUCAUCGAGGAGACAAGCGUUUCCGCCGAGGCUGAGGAUGUGGCCGAACUGUCGCCAUACCUGAAAUCAGUGCCCUCCAACCGCCUGCUCACCUGCGAUAGGUACUUCUGGGAGAAGCUGCGAUAUGCCAUCCCAAUUGAGCUGUCGCCCCGUGGAAACAACUAUACCCUGGACCAUCAUGAGCGCUUCAAGCAGCCGGUGUCGCCUGGCAUGAUCUUCCGCCAGGCUCCACCUCCACCAGCAUACUACUGCACCGAGGACAUGGAGGCCAACUACAGCUCGGCCACCACUGCCACACCUUCACCGCGCCCUACGAGACCAGGAGGAGCUGCCCGGGUUGUGGAUUCCAUGCCCAUGCCAAUGCGUCCGCCCUCGGAGCACAUCUACCACAGCAUCGAGUCGGAGUACAGCGCGUAUGACCAGCACGAGGCGUUGUCCAUGAUUCCCACGGGCAUGAUGCACCACCAGCAGCAGCAGUUGCGCCUGCACCAGCAGCAGCAGCAACAGCGAUUGCUGCAACCUCAGUUCCGGGCCAUGCCGCAGCAGGCUAUGCCUGUGGCUUCAGCGCCCGUGCACCUGCGCAGUGGCAGUGGACUAAGCCAGGCCAGUACCAGCACUCAGUCGACGGCUCAGGCCUCUACAUCCGCAGCAGCGGCACAGCAGCAGCAACAACAACAGCAGCAGCAACAGCAGCAGGCAGCUGGUGGAAGUGAAGCGGCCAAUAAGAACGGCCAGGCUUUCCUGGUUUAAAAACUCCCCAAUGGCCAUCUCUUUCAGCCUCGCAGUCGGGUCUUUCGGCGCAGGAGCGGCCAUCUUGGAGCUGAUCGCUCACUGGCGCACAAGGACUCGGAAAGAGGAAGAGCAGAAACAGGACGCACACACACACAAACACACACUGGCACUCAUACAUCCAAAACAAAAAGACUUUUUCGUAGGCAUUUCCUGAGAACACAAUAUAUUUAUACGUAUUUUUUUGUCGGAUGAGUGGAGAGGAGAGGAGAAGCAUUUCGCCUUUGGAUGUUGUGGUUGUUGAUGUUUCGUAGUGUAGCACUGCCAAAAAAGAAACAAAAAAAAAAGGGGAAACACGCACAAGACACGCCCACAACACAUUCAUAUACAAGCAUAUAGGAAUAUUAUUAUUACGAAUAUAAUAUUAUGAUAAACGUAAACGAUUACUAGAAAUGUUGCAGAAACACUUUCAAAUUCAAUGUGAUAUAUUAAUUAACGGCACAUGAGAAUAUGCCCCUUAACUGUAAUUCGUAGACCUAUGUAGUAGUUCUAGCCAGGCGUACAGAACGUAAACCUAAACUAUAAACUAAAAAAACUAAACUAUUUGUUAACUAAAACUUAAAGUAAUGCUAAAGAGAUAUGUACACAUCCAUUCGUUCGUGUUCGUCGAUUCAUUCAUCCUAAGCUACACGAAACAAUAACUAAAAAAAUGAAUAUUUGAUAAACUUAAAUGUAUAUAGAUCAAUCCACGUUUAGAGCACUUAAUGUAUUUAUGUACCGUACUGUAUAGAGAGGAGGGAGCUAAAUUAAUUGAAUUAAAUUUACUUAAUGACAAAAUGUAUUAUUAAAUUAAUUAUUACAAUUACAUAAAACCAAGCAGACGAAUAUAUCUGACGAAAAUAAAAUGCAAAAACAUUACAAAAUAUUGACAAAAAUUAAA